CUGAAGCCCAGUAUUUGACACAGAGUUCAAGCUCACUGCUGUAAUAACUAAUAAUGAUUAAUAUAAUACAACAACAAAACCAUGUACUAGGCGAUUGCUACAGAAGCUCCAGGAAAACAUAGAAUGGGCAAGAAUGGAGUUUAAGCCAAGUAAAUCUUGCAGCAUCUCCAUCAUAAGAGGAAAACUGACAGCCGAGCAAUUCUAUAUCAGUCGAGAACCAAUUCCAACAGUCUUAGAGAAGCCCAUAAAGAGCCUGGGACAGUGGUAUAAUGCAGACCUCAAUGAUACAUGGCAACUAGAACAACUAAGGCAGAACUUGGCUGAUGACCUCCAGCGGAUUAACAACACUGCACUCCCAGGGAAACUGAAGCUCUGGUGCUUCCAGUUUUGGUUGUUACCCAGACUACUGUGGCCGUUGACAAUGUACGAGGUCUCACUCAAUCAUGCCAAUCGACUAGAGAGGCUAGUGAGCUCCUACGUUAAGAAGUGGCUCGGACUUCCCAAGUGCCUCAGCAGCAUUGGACUGUACAGCGACGGGAUACUGUCAUUGCCUAUCCCUAGCCUGGUUGAGGAGUUUAAAUGUGCAAAAGUGAGGCUUGAGAUGUCACUCACGGACUCCCAGGACCCCAUAGUGAGAGGCACUGCUCCCACCCUAGCAACGGGGAGGAAGUGGACCCCAGCCACAUCUGUGCUACAGGCGAAAUCCGCUCUUCAGCAUCGUGACGUGGUGGGUCUGUCACGGUCCUGGGUCGGUGACCCAGUGUUUUGAGUUUCUUGUGUCUCUGAGUUUUUGU